AUGGCCGCCACUGACGUGAUCGCCGAGGCACGGGAGUACGAAAAAACUUGGCCCGGAGAGUUAUGCAAGGGCGGCGGCAAGAGACAAUCCCCCAUCGACAUUCAGACCAACGACGUGGUCAAAGACUUCGAGAAGCUCUUCAUCAAGAACGGCAGCCUCAAGUUCAUUGGCUACAACAGAGUGCUGAUGACUGGCGUCAACAAUGGACAUACUAUUCAGUUGAGCACAGACGGCAACGAAGACAUGCACCCCCGGGUGAGCGGCGGGCCGCUGAAGCAUUCGUAUCGGCUGGAGCAGCUGCACUUCCACUGGCUCUCCGAACACUCCAUCAACGGCAUCAAGUACCCCAUGGAGAUUCACUUUGUGCACAUCAGGACAGACCUCAAAGUGGCUGAGGCCCUCCGACGGAAGGACGGCUUGGCGAUUGUUGCGGUGUUUUGUAAUGUCCAAGCAGAGCUAACGGAUGAACAGAGGGAGUCCACGGAAGAGCUGAUGCAGUACAUCCCCCGACUGAUGAGUGUUGGAGACAGCUUUAGUGGGCUACUCCUAGAUUUGAACAAACUUCUGAGUCCGGAGAAGGAGUCGUACUACACGUACCUCGGCUCGCUCACGUCGCCGCAGUGCAACGAGGCGGUGGUGUGGAUCAUACUCGACAAGCCCAUCUACAUCACUGACGCACAGUACCGUCUAUUCGGCAAGGUGGGCAUCGGAAGGCACAACUUCAGGAGUCUGCAGCCCUCACGCCAGCGCCAGGUGUUCGUGCCGCCCGACUCCUUCCUCACCACGCCGCGCAUCAUCGUCGUCGUCGUCGACACCUUCAACGUUGUCAGGGAGUUCUUCAGGAACGUCACCAGAUAUAUAGCGGAUAGUUUCAGUUAA